AAAAAAAAAACCGAUACCAACCACUACUUUACCCUCGAUACCUACCAUCCUCCUCCCAUUCGAAUAUAUUUGCCACUGCGAUCAACAUGAAAGGAGGGAAAGGCUCCCGAGGCCGCUCAGGCGGCUCGGAUCGCGGGGGUAUUCGCAAGAAAGGUGCAGCAAAGCGGAUCGAUCGAGAUGGUGAUCUGGCUAUGGACGCAGGCUCUACUCAAGGCCGUGUAAAGAGGGCGCGCGGGGAUUCCAGUCGCUCGGUGACUACUGGACCACGGGCCCACACACGCGAUAGGGCACUCGACGCUAUCCAAAAGGCUAUUUCAAGCAACACAAGUUCUCAGGCAAAUGUCCGACAAGGUGGCCGAGGCAAUAAUCUGGAACAAGUUAGCGUUCGAGGAUGGAAACAGAGCAAAGCAGCGUCCAACCGCGACGGUGGCGUUGAAAGUCUAAUCACCUUCCUCGAAAAGAAACUCAACUCAUCCGACUCGAAAGCUGGCUCCCGCGCAAGGAUUACAAAGUCGCGGGUUGAAGGCGAUGCUUUCAUAGUAUCUAUCCGGCCGGAGUUGUUGGACAGGAUGCUGAAAAUGAAUGGUUUCAGUUUUGCAGGAGCACCUCUUACGAUCCAGACAUAUGAUCCGUCCGCCAAUGGAAUGGACCAAACGAUGCUAUCCGAAGUGUCGCGGAACAGUGGUGCCCCCUCGACCGCCGAUACCAAAUCGAAGAUGACCGCGAUCUUGAGCAAACGCUAUUUUCAACAGCAGAAAUUGCUUAACCUCUCUAAGCUUGGCAGCGACCCGGACCUGUUGGCAAUGGGAAUCUUCGAUAGCACAUCUACUGAAUCCAAGUUCUUCCCAGCGUUGAUGAAGGUGUGGGAGAUGAAUUUUGAUAACUCCACAGCGCGACGCGAGGCUGUGGAGAGUGUCAGCCUUGCCGACAAUCAGCUCGCAAAUAUCACGGUCGUCACGACAUUGGCUCAAUCAUUCCCCGACUUGAAAAAUCUUGACUUAUCGAAUAAUAAUUUCAAAGACUCUCAAUCCUUAAUUGGAUGGAGAUGGAAGUUCCGAAAUCUGGAAUUUCUCGACCUCACCGGUACCCCUUUCAGCGCGGAUCCUACUUUCAAGGACACCAUGCUCAAGUGGUAUCCUAAACUUCGAUAUUUGAAUAAUACAGAAGUUCGGACGGCGGAGGAAGUGGCUGCGCAGAAGAAGACACCAAUCCCUGUUCAGGCGCCACAUUUCCAGGAUGAAUCUCAAAUCGGAGAGAACUUUGUCAAGGCCUUCUUUGUUGGUUAUGAUAACAAUCGUACUGACCUUCUGAACGGUGUAUACGACAACAAUUCCACAUUCUCGCUGAAUGUCAACACCACUGCUCCGAGAGCCCAGCAGACCGAGACUGCGGCCUGGGAUCCUUACAUCAAGAAGAGUAGGAAUCUACUCAAGAUCAAUCAUCUUCCUGCGAGGAUGUCUCGUUCCUUUGUCGGUGCGGACAAGAUUCGUGAGAUGUGGAGCAGCCUUCCUCAAACACGACAUCCCGACAUAGGAACUCACCCUGAAGAAUGGCUUAUUGAAUGUUUCCCCAUCCCUGGGCUUCCUGAUCCUUCCGGGCAGAGCCCGACUGGGGUGGGUGGACUUCUUAUCAUGGUGCAUGGAAAAUUUGAAGAGAUCAAUGGACCGAAGGUUGACCUUCGGAGUUUCGAUCGGACAUUCAUCCUGGGACCUGGCGGAGGCAUGGGCGGUAUUAGGGUGAUCAACGAUAUCCUUUGUCUACGGGCUCAUGGGGGCCAUGAAGCAUGGAUGUUGGAGCAGCCGAUUGUCCAAGCAAUUCAACCCGGACAACCUCCCAUCCAACCACCGGCUGCUCCUUCGGCUACUUCCGAUGGUUACGGUAUGCCCGCGCCAGGCAAACCAGAUGCCCAGGUCCAACAAGAGCAAUUGGUCAUGCAAAUAAGUGCCAAAACGGGCAUGACUCUGCCAUACUCUGAAAUGGCGCUUUCGGGCAACGGUUGGAAUUUGGACGCUGCCCUGAAGAAUUUUCAGGAGCUCAAGGCUCAGGGACAGCUGCCUCCAGACGCUUUCCUGCCUGGAGCUGUCUAGUUCUUAUCUGAUUUUUACAUACCCAAAAACUUUUUGAGUGGAGGAAGCUGUGGUGUUUGCUUGGAGUCUUGUUCAACUGUUAUUUUUAUACUGCAUUUAUUUGUGCUUGCAUGGCUUAGGCGAAUGGUUGUGGGUUCUUUGACUUGUUUAAAAGAUUUCACUGUAUCACAUUUACUGAACCUCGAGAGACGACGAAGAUCAUGUCCAUAUAGAUAGAAAGGGGAGAGGGUUUCCAUUUGAUAACCCCCACGAGACCAAUAUCACUUGCUGGGUCUGCUUCUUAACGGGCCAGAAAACAAGCACACAACUUUCACAACUAUCUGUAGAAAAGAAAAAGAAAAGAAGGAGGAGGAGGAAGAUGAAGAAGAAGAAGAAAGAAAGAAAGAAAAGGUA